AUGCUCAACGUCAUCCUCAUGGAUAUGAACUCGGAGGACGGAUGCAGGACAGUCAGCAUCUGUCUGAUACACGUGGCUGCCAAUUUGGCCUCAGAAUAUGUAUGUCAAGUAGUAGCGAUGCAUCGCGCUGUCACCGCUUUCGCUGUACCACUGACGGGAAUGUCGUCUGCAAAACUAAAGAUUGGUGGUGGUUCAUCAACUGCUGUAUGUAUUGUUGUGGCAGCUGCUCCACCAAAAGUCACCACGCCUCCGUCUCAAUUCAUGACCAGACUGCAGUACAAAUUUGACGGCUAUCAGAUCUUGAGUGCACGAAGGUGGAUGCAGACCCGAUAA